GCUGAGCUCUCUCGUUUGAUCUACAUAAACAUACAGCGCGCGUGUGAAUUUUUAAUUUGCAAAAAAUGCAAUUUAACGCGAUUGCCCAUAAAAUGCUCAUCAAUGGAAGCUAAUUUUUUUCAUGCAAACAUUUGACUUUCCGUAAAAUUUAUCCGGACGUGAUCAAAACCACAGCUUUCAAUGAUUUAAUGCAACGUGUUCAACCACAACAAAAUGUGAAAGUGGUUCGUGAUGAGAUUAAAGUGCGUAAAAUUGAACGUCUCAAUGGACAAACGAUUGUUGGUAGACAGACUCAAUCAGAGCAAUUGUAUUUGUAUCAAACAAAGAAGAAGCUGGAAGAACGUUUGAGCAAAUUGAAGUUGAAUGUAGCGAAUCAAAAAAAGCAGUUCAACAAAUUGGCGAUUUCAUCCAAAGAAAACAACAUUAAAAAGAUGCAAUUGAAAGAGGAAAUAGCCGAUAUUACAGCGAAAAAUGCCAUUUGUAAAUUGAAAACCGAUGACAUUGAGCGACAAAUUGUGUUGGAAAAAGAGAUUGGUAAAAGUAUUGAUGACAUUACACCCGUCAAGUUUAGCAGCUACAAUGGCAUGGAAAAGAGUUCAAUGGUUGCAUUGUCUGCCGCUAGAUCUGAACUUGAACAAAAAUUCUAUGCGGUAUCCAAUCACACUGACAAUUAUGAUGAUUCAAAAUUCGCGAUGGAUGACGGUAAAUUUGAUCUAUUCAAAUCAACAAUGAAAGUAUUGCAGCUAGUCUGUCAGAGCAAGAAGAUCACAACCAGUUAAUUAUUAUGUUCCAGGCAUUUCUGACGAUGGAGACCAGGCAACUGAAGCCAUAUUGCAAUUGAGCGGUGCCCGAUCUUAUAAACAAUAAUAAUAAUUAUGUUAAUAUUUUUUUUGCUAAGAGCUGUAAUACAACACCAUCCUACUUUUACUUCCAUAAAUAAUAGUGCGAAACAAAGAAGUAAAUUGCCAAAAAAAAAGUAAAGUAAAAUUAAAAUACAUCGUUCAGAAAGAAAGUCAAUUAACGAAAUAAAAUAGUCAAGUGUCAAAAAUGAUGGGAUUCCUUUCGAAAAAGUGGCAACAAUGGAGGAAUCCUCAUCAAAUGUCUAAUAAAUCAAAAUUUAAA